AUGCCGAGAGAAAUCGUGACGCUUCAGGUUGGCCAGUGCGGCAACCAAAUCGGCAUGGAGUUCUGGAAACAACUCUGCAUGGAGCACGGAAUCGACCAGGAAGGUUUGCUCGUCGACAGCAAACAGCACGCGUACGCAGAAGAUCGGAAGGAUGUCUUCUUCUACCAGGCUGACGACGAACACUACAUUCCUCGGGCACUUCUCUUCGAUCUCGAACCUCGCGUUGUCAACGCUAUUCAGACGUCCGAAUACAAGAACCUGUAUAACCCCGAAAACUUUUUCAUCUCCAAGGAAGGAGGAGGGGCGGGCAACAACUGGGGAAGCGGUUACGCACAGGCCGAGCAAGUGCAAGAGGAACUCAUGGAGAUGAUCGACAGAGAGGCCGACGGCAGCGAGAGCUUGGAAGGUUUCGUCCUUUGCCACUCCAUUGCGGGAGGGACUGGAAGCGGUAUGGGAAGCUAUCUGUUGGAGGCACUCUGCGAUCGCUACCCGAAGAAGCUACUGCAAACGUUCAGCGUCUUCCCUCUCCUCACAACAGAGACCAGCGACGUUGUCGUCCAACCGUACAACAGCGUUCUCACCCUCAAGCGUCUCGCUCUUAACGCAGAUUGCGUCGUUGUCCUCGACAACACGGCGCUUAACAACAUUGCAGUCGAGAGACUGAAAAUCCACAACCCUUCGUUCCAGCAAACCAAUGCGCUGGUGUCUACGGUAAUGGCCGCGAGCACGAGUACGCUGCGCUACCCCUCCUACAUGAACACCGACUUGCUGUCUCUCAUCUCCUCUCUCGUGCCCACGCCCCGCUGUCACUUCCUCAUGACCGGCUACACGCCUCUCACCCUCGACGCAUGCGUCUCGUCGGUCCAGAAAACCACCGUCAUGGACGUUAUGCGGCGCCUGCUGCAGACCAAAAACAUCAUGGUGUCGGCGUCGUUGCGGCGCGGAAUGUACAUUUCCAUGUUGAACAUCAUUCGAGGGGAGGCCGAUCCGACACAGGUCCACAAAAGCCUGCAGCGAAUCAAGGAUCGACGCCUGGUGAACUUUAUCCGGUGGAACCCUGCGAGCAUUCAGGUGGCUCUGUCCAAGCAGUCGCCGUUCAUUUCUUCUCCACACAAAGUUUCGGCCCUGAUGAUGGCGAAUCACACGUCAAUUGCUUCCCUGUUUGAGCGUUGCGUCGUCCAGUACGACCGCCUGUUUAAGCGCAAGGCUUUCCUCGACAAUUACAAAAAGGAACCGAUGUUUUCGAGUUCAGAUGGUCUGGGCAACUUCGACGAAAUGGAAUGCUCCAAAGAGGUCUGCAUGAAUUUGAUCGACGAAUAUCGGAGAGCAGAAGGCGACGAUUACCUUUCUUCCUUCGGGGACUUCGGGAUGGCCCAUCCCGCGUGA